AUGGCAGACAAGACUGGAAAAAAUUCAGACUCUUCUUCUUCUCAGCCUCAGUCUGUAUUACCAUCCACAUCAACUCCUUUCCCACGUCCUUCACUAGCGGAGUAUGAAAAUAACAUCUUACAUUAUAUCAAUUCGAAGGUAGAUUUAGACACAACUAGACGUAAGAAACCAGUGCUUCUCUUGGAAUCAGCUUGUAAGGAAUCUUGUUGCAUCUUCAGAGUCCCUCAAAGCUUCGCAGAAAUGAAUCCUGAAGCCUAUAAGCCCAAAGUUGUUUCCAUCGGUCCUUACCAUUACGGAGGAAAACACCUCGAGAUGAUUCAACAGCACAAACUUCGAUUUCUCCACCUUUUCUUAGACAAGGCAAGAAAGAAUGGAGUGGAUAAAAAUGUCUUGUUUAAGGCUGUAAUUCAUUUGGAAGAAGAGAUAAGGAUAUCGUACUCUGAGCAACUUUGUGAAACAUCAGAGGAGCUAGUGUAUAUGAUGAUUCUAGAUGGGUGCUUCAUUCUCAUGUUGUUACUUAUCGUGUCAAGAAACAUUGAACUGGAUGAGAGUGAUGAUCCAAUCUUCACGAUCCCCUGGAUUCUCCCGUCUAUCGAGAGUGAUCUUCUCCUCUUGGAAAACCAGGUCCCUUUCUUUGUUCUUCAAACUUUAUUUGUAGAAUCCAAGAUUGGUCUCGCUGGUGACCUAAACAGGAUGGCGUUUAGCUUCUUCAACCUCUCAAUGGAUAAACCAGAAAGAUAUUGGGUGAAACACAGAAACUUCAAGGCAACCCAUCUUCUUGACCUCAUGCGUAUGAGCUUCGUACCUAACAUGGGCUCUACCUCUAUGGAUGAAGACGAAGAUUUCCAACUUAUAAAGGGUGAAUCUGGAAAGAAAUCAUCCUUAGACUAUACACUGAUUCUGUCGCCUACAAGACUUUCUCUCCAAGGGAUAGAUAUCAGGUUAAGGAGUGAUGCAGAUUCGAUGAUAGAUAUAAGACUAAAGAAGAACAAGCUUCAAAUACCACUGUUAAGAUUGGAUGCGUUCAUUAGCUCAGUCUUGCUCAACUGCGUGGCCUUUGAACAAUUUUACACCAAGAGUAUGAAUGACAUAACUAGCUAUGUAGUUUUCAUGGGAUGCCUUCUAAACGGUGAGGAAGAUGCCACAUUAUUGAGCGAUGACAACCGAAUCAUAGAGAAUUACUUUGGCAGCGAGAUUGAGGUAUCACAAUUCUUCAAAACUAUAUGUAAAGAUGUUGUGUUUGACAUACGUAGAAGUUAUUUACGGAAUGUGUUUGCGGAAGUUAACGAAAAAACCUCAAAAUGGUACUCAGAGUAUCGAGUUUAUCUACACUCACCAUGGAAGGUUCUGUCAAUUUCUAUUAGUCUUAUUUCUUCCUUGCUACAGACCAUUUCUGCCAUUUUCUUCUACCUUAGCGACAUUAACAUCCGCCAAAACCAAUGA